AUGGGGUUCUCUCUUGACAGCGCCGAAGCGCUUCAGUCCUGUUCCACUGAUACUAUCCUUGAGGCGUCCAGUCGCAUCGCGCUCCUCACACGAGCUCUCAAGGCCGCGAACGAAGCAACGAACUUAGCUCGCCAACGCCCCACGGUGAUGCACCCCCCCAAGGUGUUGAGGCGCGCAGAUUAUCUGUCGUCUUCCUCCUCCUCAUCUUCCGUCCCCGCUUUGCCAAAUGUGCCUCCGUCGCCGGCGCCUCCGCACGCUUCGCCUGCCUCUGCUGUGCCACGUUCUGGACCCCCCAUUGGGAGCAGCGGCUCCAGCGCUCGCGAGUGUUUGAGGCCCCAGCACGAGCCGGUGAAGGUCGCUCCGCGAGAGGAUAACCCAAAGCGCGAAGCGAGCACCUCCUCACGCGCCACUGCACUUCUUGCUAAGGUGCCUGCGGAAGCCGAAGGUAACGAAACACCUCAAGCAGAGCAAGGCAAAGAGGCCACAGCCGAGCGGCCGUCUCCUCCAAUCUGGGAGCAUACACGUACCCGCGGAUGUCCUAUUUUCACGCGAACUCAUCCAGCGUUUGCCGCUCUUGUGGGCAAAGCAGACGCCGAGGUUCCAAGGGUCAGGGUCGAGAACAAGCAGGCCGCUGACGCAGAUUCAAACAACCACUCCAGCGAGACAUUUCGGGCAAAGCGUAAAAGUAGGCGUCACAGACACCGGAAAAUCUACGAACUGAACAGGGCCAAGGAGGCCGCCGAAAGGUAUUUAGCGACUGCUGAGCAGGCGAGACAAAGGAGUCGCAGUCUCUUUUCUCCAUCAUUGUCACCGGACGCGGGCCUCCUCCGCUCUGCUCCGUUACGCGAAGCCGCGGGCGCUUCGGGCUCUGCAGCGGCGGCUGCCUGGAAGACAGCAAGGAACCAUGGAAGACCAGCUGGUGCAGAUUGGCUGUCCCUCGCCCUUCCCAUUCCUCCGGGCCCGUUCAAGCAUCUUAAAACGGACUGCGCAGGUGUCAGAAAGUCGCGCAUGACGUAG